GCUCGAUAAAGCGCUGCUCGCGACUACGCGACCUGUUCGGAUUCAUCCAUUCCACCCUGCAUCAACACAUCAACAGAUAUUUACUUGGAUAGGAAUUCUAUUUGAAUCAACAGAAAUCGUGCUUUGUUUCGACGUCGGUUCGUACUCGACAGACCGUCUUUCCAUCGAUACUCCAAAGUGUUGGAAUGGGAAAUGAUGGAGGAUAAAGGGCCCCGUGUAGCCGAUUACUUCGUGGUUGCCGGCCUCACCGACUUGUCCAAGCCUCUGGAGGAGGAGCUUCACUUUGACGAUGCCGGCCCCAAGUCUGUGCAACCGAAAGCCCCCAUAACCGACGUAGCUGUGGUGAUCCGUUCCCUGGGUGAAGAGGUGCCCCCAGGUUUCACCUGUGUCGAAAGCACCCCCUCCGGCCUCUCUGCGGAGCUCAAUGGAGCCAGCCUCAGGGGGCCGCAGAUAUUCCUGUGCUUCAAACGAGGCAGAGAUAAGCCUCCACUGACAGAUCUUGGGGUUCUGUACGAGUGGAAAGAGAAACUGAAACCCGGAUGUCACAUCGUCCAGACGACGCCCUCAGGUCGCCCCGCCAACGUCAGCAGCUCGUCGUCCCAACGCAUCUACAUCACCUACCGCCGCGCCCCCAAGAGCCAGCCUCACACCUCACUGGCUGUCACUGAUGUCUGCGUCGUCAUCCCCGGCAAGGGGGAAACGCCCCCUCACACCUUCUGCAAGGUCGACAAGAACCUCAACAGCAGCAUGUGGGGAUCCUCAGUCUACGUUUGUUACAAGAAGUCCCUGGCUAAAGCCAACACAAUCGCAUACAAAGCAGGCCUGCUGUGUAGGUACCCUGAAGAGGACUACGAGUCCUUCCCACUGCCUGAGUCCGUGCCUAUGUUCUGCCUGCCCAUGGGGGCAACAGUGGAGUGCUGGCCAGAACACACCAAACACUCCCUGCCUGUGUUUUCCACAUUUGUACUGACGGGUGCGUCUGGUGAAAAGGUGUAUGGAGCUGCCAUCCAAUUUUAUGAGCCUUACUCAGAGGAGAAGCUGUCCGAGCGUCAGUGCUCACAGCUCGGACUGCCAAGUGCUGACGGCACCAGGAGUAUUUACAGCAACAAGAGCAUCUGUCUGCUCUCCCACUGGCCCUUUUUCCAGUCCUUCAGGAGCUUUCUCACUUUCCUCUACAGAUACUCCAUCUCUGGACCACAUGCUCUGCCCAUCGAAAAGCACAUCUCUCACUUCAUGCAAAACGUGCCCUUCCCCUCCACUCAGAGACCACGCAUCCUAGUGCAGCUAUCUCCACAUGACAGCCUGAUACUCAGCCAACCUGUGUCCUCCCCGCUGCCUCUGAGUGGUGGGAGCCUCUCCACUUUACUACUGAAUCUGGGCCCAAAGAACGCAGCCACCCUGCUGGUGUUGGCUGUCACAGAGCACAAGAUCCUGGUUCAUUCCCUGCGUCCCGCUGUGCUCACAAGCGUUACAGAGGCCCUUGUGUCCAUGAUCUUCCCCUUCCACUGGCCGUGCCCGUACAUCCCUCUGUGCCCGCUGGCCCUGGCCGGUGUGCUCAGUGCACCGUGCCCUUUCAUCGUGGGUGUGGACUCCCGAUACUUUGACCUUUACGUCCCCCCAGCGGACAUCAGCUGCGUGGACCUGGACACCAACACAAUCUCCCAAAAAGAUGACAAAAAGGCUCUAACGUGGAAAAUCCUGCCCAGGAGAGCCUGCAAACAUCUUCUUAGUACUCUGAAUAAGCUCUAUCAGCAGCUCACUGAGGGGGGUCAGAUGAACCGUGAGGAUGUUCAGAUGGAGCACACAGUAACCGAAAUGGAGCUGGAUGGUGGGAAGAGCCUCCACACUCUGGAGCUGGAGAUCCAGGAGGCCUUCCUGAGCUUCAUGGCAGCCAUCCUACGAGGCUACCGUUCCUACUUGCUACCCAUCACCCAAGCCCCCUCCGAGAAGACCACCGAUGCCAGUUCCCUCUUUGACAUCCAAGGCUUUGUAAAGAGCAGAGACCGCUCUCACCAGAGGUUCUACUCCCUCAUGACCAAGACUCAGAUGUUCAGCCGUUUCAUAGAGGAGUGCUCCUUUGUCAGUGAUAAGGACGCCAGCCUGGCUUUCUUUGAUGAGUGUGUUGAUAAGCUCUUCACCACUGGAGGCAAGAUGGACAGCGAGCGUCUAGAGGAAACCAGACUGAUCGAACUGGAUGAAUCCCACCGCAGUGAGCACACGGUGUAUGUAAACCCUCCGGAGCUGCCUCCUCUGCCACGGGGAGAAGAGCAUCCUCUGUGCUACAGCUACUCCGAGUUCCCUGUGCUGAAUGCUGAACUGCUGCAGUCGUUGGAGGGUCCAAAGCCUCCAUCAGCAGGCAUGGCCCCACGCCACAGCAGCCCUGCCAGCCCUACGGCUAUCUUUAGGCGCUCCAAACAGGAGAUAAAAUCAGCUCAAAAGAUGGCCAAAACCUAUUCAUCAAUGCCUCAGAUGUGGUCCAAGUGUCUGCUGCGCCACUGCUACGGUCUUUGGUUCAUCUGCCUUCCAGGGUUUGUGGCCACCUGCCACUCGAAGGUGCGCGCCCUGCGUACCGCUUACGAUGUGCUGAGAAAGAUGCAGGACAAUAAGUUGCAGGCUCCAGAUGAGGUGUGCUACCGUGUGCUGCUCCAGCUGUGUGGGCAGUAUAGCCAGCCCGUCCUCGCCGUCAGGGUUUUGUUUGAAAUGAAGAAAGCUGGAGUUCAACCCAACGCAAUCACGUACGGGUACUACAACAAGGCGGUGUUGGAGAGCACCUGGCCCUCCACCACCAGAGGAGGCUACUUUCUGUGGGGAAAACUGAGGAACGUGGUUUUAGGUGUUCUCAAGUUCAAGCACGCUGGGAGAAAACAACCGACUCCGCACAGAGAUCACCAGCUUUCAGAUGGCAGCGAUCUCGACACAGUCAGUCAUGGCAGUUUGGACAGCGCCAAUGAUUCUGCUGAGCGCACUUCAAUCGACACCGACUUCACUAAAAUGGACUCUAGCGACGACGGAUUCAGUACAGGUGGCCAGUCAGACCAAGGCUACGAUUCACUAUCCAAAGAGGAGGAGAGGAUGUGCAGCAGAGAGAGCAACUAUUCGUCGGCGGUGGAAGACAAACGACAGAGGCCGUCCACAGUUGAGGUUCCAAUCAGCAGCAUCUCCCCUCCAGGAAACUUCCAAUCCACAGUUGUCAGUGCUGGCAACAGGCAGGCUUCAAGUCCAUCAAGUGACGUUAUUCUGCGUGGACCUCGGCUCAAGUCGGAAAGGCCAAAAUCUCUGGACUUGUCUGGCGGCCAUGAAAGUCUUAGACUCACCGUCCCGAGCUUUUCAUCCACAAAGCAGCAUCAGGCAACUGCUGACAGACUCCACGGGGUGGAAGAAGAGGAGACGCAGACUGGUAAACAGACACCUUUGAUGGGCAGAAGUAUCAGCUGCGGCGGCGGGACUGUGAGGAGAACGGGUAUUGAUCGGGGCUUAGAUCCGCUGUCGUUGAUGGCGACAGGUGUGCUGCAAGAGGGCGAUCAGGAGAUUAGCGGCCCGCCAACAGCCCGCCGCGACCUCGCGGAGGAAAUCGAGAUGUACAUGCACAAUGGCAGCAGCCCCCUGAGCAGCCGCACAUCCAGUACGAACCUGCAGAACCCUUCAAGCCCGUUGUUUAGACCUGCCUCGUCUCCUCGCGACUCGCCGCGGCCCACCACCACGCCGCACUCCAACGCACAGCUCCCGCUGCCCGCGAAACCCAAGGACAAGCUGAGGCCGUCGCCGUCUCUCCCUCUGGGUCUGUGUACCAAAGACAGGGAGAGGCCUUCCUCUUUGGUUUCACCCUCCUCCCCUACUCCGUCGUCCUCAUCGUUUUCCAUGGAUUCACUGUUCAGCCCAUCUCUGGACAUCUUCAAGAGCAGCGUCAUAUCAGCGGGGAAGGGCGUGGCCGAGAAGGCGAGCCGCUUCUACUCUCGUCUGUCCUCCCAGACGUCAUUUACACAGGAAACAAACUGUGACUGGAUCAGUGUUUCCUCACUGACCUCAGGGGAGGCCGACUGCUCCUCGCUGCUUGAUAACGACCCGUGUCUGGACCCGGAUGGCUUCGUCUCUCCCCAUCACGGCAGCGUCUCCCGACUCAGGAGGAGCCCGGUUGUGGGUCACACCAACCUGGGCAGCCCCAGCAACCCCGACAGAGUGUUCAGACACAACUCCUUUUCUGGUGGUCUGGCACUUCCUUCUAAAAUACCUCGCACUCCUGAUUCCUCCCCCGACGCCAGCCGCUUCCAACCCACUCCCAACUACAGCAUGGAGGUGCUGAUGUCCAGCUCCUCACUUUGCAAGACGUGCGACUGUCUGGUGUAUGAUGAGGAGAUAAUGGCCGGCUGGACAGGCAACGACUCCAAUCUCAACAGCAGCUGUCCCUUUUGCGGCACAGCCUUCCUGCCCUUCCUCAAUGUGGAAAUCAAAGACCUGAGACUACAGAGCAGAUCCCGUCUGUCUCCCCUCGGGUCUUCUAGAAAAAGUCACCUUGUUACAGAGGAGAUCACGUCGCCAUCUCUCAGUCCGGGGGGAAAAAUGUCCGCGACGGACCGCACAGCUCCGUCACCUGAGGACGCCGGGCCAGCCGAGGUGACGGUGCCCUACUUGAGCCCCUUGGUUUUGUGGAAGGAGAUGGAGAGCCUGCUGGUAAACGAGGGCGACGAAGCCAUCUCCUCCCCGACUGUUGUUGACCAACACCCGAUCGUCUUCUGGAACCUCGUGUGGUACUUCAGAAGGCUGGAGCUGCCGAGUAACCUGCCAGCUCUUAUCCUGGCCUCUCAGCACUGUAGCCACGGAGACCAGACUCCUCAGAGCGUUUCUUCAGAGGACAGUAAGCAGGUGCUUGUGAGGAUUAUGUGGGACAACCUGAAGUUGCAUAAAGACAAAGACCAACCCUGCUAUGUCUUGUGGAACACGCAUUGUGCAACUUCCCUGGUGCGCUCUGGGUUGUGUGAAGAAGGCCAGCUCUUCACUGUGGAGCUACUGCAGGGUUUUGUGAGGAGCAUUAAGAAAAGUGAUGUUUAUCAGCCCAUGAGCCAGAUCAUCCAGCUGCUGGGGCCGGAGCUGGGUUUUAAAAGACAAAGGAGCCUCUACAGAGAUUUAUUGUUCCUUGCGCUGGUGGCAUUGGGAAAGAACAACAUUAAUAUCAAUGCUUUCGACCGGGAGUACAAGUUGGCCUAUGAUCGUCUCAACCACGGCCAGGUAAAGCUAACACACAACUGUGACCGGCCCCCUGGGGCGGGGGUCAUGGAAUGCAGAAGGACUUUUGGGGAGCCCAGUCUGUAAAGUGCUUCUCUUCACCAGUCUCAAUAUGUGUGUGUGUUUUUUUUUUUUUAAAUCUAUGGCCACUGUUGCCAGGUUUUUUUGGACUGUUCGUCAGACUCAGGGCCAGCACAGAGCUCUUAAGCACAAAGGGAACAUGACAAUUAAUGUAAAGUAACUGCCAUACGUUUCUUGUAUACUGUUAGUGCUGAAAGGCAUGGAGCGACAUCCUAGUGGUUGCAAAUAUUUAGUAUGACUGAAGUAAAAUGUUUGUACAGUUGUUAUACAUUCUAUUUUAAGACUUUGUUUCUGUUGGAGUUGUGAGUAUGCAAAAGUUAGUGUGUCUUCAUCCUGUUCCCAUGUGGUCCUGGUGACCUUUUAAACAUUUGUGCUUUUAUAAAGUAUUUUGACGAGACAAGUUCUUGCCUUUCAUUGACAUUAGGUAACGGCCCGGCCCAGCUGCCCACGAUUAAGUGACUUUUUAUUUGGCAACUACAGAACUUACUGCACUGUUUAUUAUUUUACAUUACACGCAAUUAAUACAGCAAAGAAGUUCCUCCUCAUCUGCACCCUGUGCAUACAGCAGGGCCAUGCUCCUAUACCGGAUUACACUAAGAUGGUAACUAGUUGAGUUUAGUUUAAUUAUUAAACAUUCUAUUAUUUCUGAAUCAAGCAGGAGGAUCUUCACUAGAGGACAUGCAGAAUGUUUAGUUUAUUCAUUUAUCCUUUUUUGUACAAUGAACCAAAAUAACCCAAAGGGAGGUGUACCUCUAUGACUAAUUGACAGUUCUUUAAGCAAUACCUUUAUUUUUUAAGAUGUAAGUGUUAUAUGGGACCACUGAGCAUAAGUUUAUUUCAAAACAGCAAAAUCAAUCAAAUAGAUUGUGUUGGACACAGGAAAAUGUUUUCUGUUUAAUCAACACAUUUAUUUGAUAAAGAACAGUAAUGAUCUAUAAACAUGUACAGAGUAUGCUAGUAUUUUUAUAUUUUCUUUCAGUCUUCACUGUAUGCCGUAGAUGUUUACACUAUUCGUCAACACUGCAAUGUUUAAUGUGACAUCCAGAGCAAAAAAAGAAAAUACAUUCAUGUCAAAUGGGGGGGAACAAUAGCUCUGACCUGCACUAAUUCAGAAUCCUUUCCAAAAAUGUUUCACCUUGUUAAUAUCGUCUUUCACUUUUAACUGACAGAAACCUGCCCAUGAUCUGUUAGUUGUACUGUAAUGUUGCACCACAGCUUAUUUACUGGACUUGCUCACUAAUUUUCGAUGAUAUGAUGGUGGAUUUGACGGGGAUCUGCACUUGGAAUAACCAACUUUACAAUGUGUAUGUUUGCAAUUGAAUCACCUUGUAAGUUUGUGAUAAAAAAAAAAAGAAAUUCAAUCACCGAAGACCAA